UCCACGUCACUUCCUCUUCCUUGUCCUUGGUUGGUUGCAGCAUCUUCGCUGUUCGGGAGAAACACAUGGCUAAACUGAGUAAAGAGACCAAACAGCGGCUGCAGCAGCUGUUCCAGUGCGGCCAGUUUGUCAUCCGAUGGGGUUUUAUCCCAACCGUGUUGUACCUCGGUUUCAAACGAGGAGCCGAUCCAGGAAUGCCUGAACCCACAGUCUUGAGUUUGCUAUGGGGCUGAGGAGUGUCUCCACACAACCGGUCCCCUCACCUCAUCGAGACCAUGCGGCCCACCUGUCACUGGAAAUCCAAGAAAUGGACACUAUUUUUCCCUUCCCACCAUAAAUCAUACUAUCCAAUGUCUGAGAAGGAUUGCUGUGUGUGGCCGUGCUGUACGGAGAGUGUCGGCUACAUGGAUGGAGGAUAUUUGGAUUAACGAGCGGGAUUCAAGAUUGCGUCCUUUUGUAGUGUUGACUGGCCUGUAUAUGGCUGGUAUUUUGUGACAGCGAUGUUUGGAUAUACCAUUCCAUGUUUUUCCUCUUUAUUUGUAAUUUAAGAUAUCGGAGAAUAAAUCUACAAAGAAAUGUCA